ACAGUGCGAAAGCUCGUAGCAAGCAAAAAGAAGAAAUCGACAACUUUCUGCCUUGAUCUUUCGCAGUGUUCGAGUGUGUUCUGUCGGCACACGUGUAUUAGUAACCGCUGCGCGAGGUUAAAUUAAAUUACAUAUUUUUAAAAACGUUCAUACUCGCUCUCGUCAAAGCAACAGGCGCACACGCACGCACACACUCACGUGAAUCACACACCAGCGCGUCCACCUUCGAUUACUAACAAGGACACGCGGAAGCGGCCAACAGACUUAUUUCCGUUGAGUGAAAGUCAAUUUAUUGUAUGAGUCAAAAAACUGAAAGACCAGUGCUAUCGGGUCAACGCAUCAAGACCAGAAAAAGAGAUGAAAGAGAAAAAUAUGACCCAACGGGAUUCCGUGAUGCGGUCAUUGCUGGUCUCGAAAAAACUGAAGGCGACCUGGAACAAAUCUCUAAAUAUCUAGACAGCGCGGGCAACAAGCUCGACUACCGUCGUUACGGCGAAGUUCUCUUUGAUAUAUUGAUUGCGGGUGGUCUCUUAGUGCCUGGCGGUUCCAUAUCUCAGGAUGGCGAAAAGCCGCGCACAAACUACUGCAUCUUCGAUGCCCCCGAGAGCAUGGAGUCGAUGCGCAACCAUGAGCAGGUAUUUGUUAAGCUCAUCAGACGGUACAAGUAUCUUGAGAAAAUGUUCGAAGAGGAGAUGGGAAAGGUUCUACUAUUCGUAAAGGGCUUUACUCCCAGUGAACGCAUCAAGCUUGCGCGUAUGACUGCGCUCUGGUUAGUUAACGGCUCUGUACCGCCAAAUGUCUUACUGGUACUAAACAACGAGCACCUGAUCAAGGAUGGCAUUGCACUAGAGUUUCUACUAGAGCUGUUCCAGACGUUCAAGCAAGAGAAGGGCAUUGCAUAUCUGAUACAGGCGCUUAAGAAGGGUGGACUGGAAAGCAAACUUAUGGACUUUUUCCCACCAAACAAACGUACUGAGGAAUAUUUUAAACAAGUUUUUCUUGACAAGGAACUCAACGAGAUCAUUAAGCUGCACAAAGCUCAGGCCAGCCAAGAGGCUAAACGCGAGCUGCAGCAGGCCCUCAUCGAUGAUAUCAACGACGAGAAGGCCCACAAUGAGAUAACCGCUGACAUUAAGGAGUUCUCGCAACGCAACAACAUUCCCGAUCAUGAAAUAAUUGUUAUUAUUUGGUCCACCAUCAUGUCAUUGGGCGAAUGGAACAAGAAGGAGGAGCUGGUUACCGACCAGGCUGUUCGUCAUUUGAAGACAUACUGCACCUUGUUGCAGGCUUUCGCCUCAACAGACCGAUCGGAGUUGGCUUUGAUUCUUAAGGUCCAAGAGUUCUGCUACGAGAACAUGAACUUUAUGAAGGCCUUCCAGAAGAUCAUUUUGUUGUUCUACAAGACCGAGGUCCUGUCCGAGGAGAUCAUCUUGCGCUGGUACAAGGACGGCCACUCCAACAAAGGAAAAAUGCAUUUCCUCGAACAAAUGCGCAAGUUUGUCGAAUGGCUCCAAUCAGCAGAAGAAGAAUCGGAAUCUGAGGACGAGCAAAAGAAUGGCGAAUAACAAUUUGGUUAAAUGGUUAUAGAAUGAAAAGAGCAACACAAACGGAGCCGACCCCUACACACCAUCCAUCCCCAUUCGUCGUUUUUGGAACACGCAUCUAUACAACUAAACAGUCCACCCCUUUAAAUCACAGAGUCAUUUUGAGAAACUCCACCUAGAUACUACUCAGAAAUUUCCAAUAAAAAAGGAGAGAGUAAAACAACAGA